AUGGAGCAAGGCCAAGGGACCCCGGCGGCGGCGCCGCCGCCACCGCCUGCGACGGAACGCGACAUCGGCUUCACCGAGCGGGCCGUGGCGGCGGCCGGCGCCGCCGUCGUAUCCGCCGUCCUCGUCAACCCCCUCGACGUCGCCAAGACGAGGUUGCAAGCACAAGCUGCUGGAGUGGUUUAUAGCCCGGAAGGAAUUUUUAGACUAUGGAGAGGUACAGGUGCAAACCUGGCAUUGGCUGUACCAAUGGUUGGAAUAUAUAUGCCUUGUUACGAUUUAUUGCGCAAUCGGAUUGAAGAAUACUCAGACCGCAAUUGUCCCAAGCUUAGACUAUAUGCUCCUCUUAUUUCUGGCUCUAUUGCACGAUCAUUGGCAUGCAUAGCUUGUUCCCCUAUUGAGUUAGCAAGAACACGUAUGCUGGCCUUCAAAGCAUCAAAUGUUGGAGGGAAGCCCCCUGGAAUGUGGAAGACCUUGAUAGGUGUGCUUUCAUCGAGACAAAACAUCAGGAGCCCUGAAAACGUUCGAGGAUACCACCUCCUAUGGACUGGUCUGGGAGCACAACUAGCACGCGAUGCCCCCUACUCAGCUAUAUGUUGGACAGUUCUUGAACCAAUUAGAAGACAUGUGACGCGACUAUUCAGUGAUCAAAGCAAUGCAGCAGUAAUAUUGGGGGCAAACUUUUCUGCGGGCUUCAUUGCUGGGGUUAUCUCUGCUGGUGCUACCUGCCCUCUUGAUGUUGCCAAGACACGCAGACAAAUAGAGAAGGAUCCUGAAAGGGUAUUAAGCAUGAACACAAGGCACGUGUUGCUUGAGGUUUGGAGGAAGGAAGGUCUGGAAGGUCUGUUCAGAGGUGCAGGCCCUCGAAUGGCGCGCGCAGGCCCGUCGGUGGGCAUCGUCGUCUCCUCCUAUGAAGUUAUGAAGCACAUCAUGCACAGGAAACAUGCAGUGCAGACCUAUGAUUUGCUAAACAAACGAGAUUAA